AUGGCAGGAAGUUGCGGGCAGGAGCAGACAAGGUGGAUAACCACGGUCAUUAUGAGCACAGCUCUGCAGGAUCAUGAAAUUUCUACAGUUCUGCAGAGGCAACAACACCGAGUUCGAUAUUCAGAAUCAGUGGAAACUGGAUCUGUGAUUUUUCCACUUUCUGGCAUUGCAUUUAUGCUGUCAGACACUCAAGACUUGCUUAGGACAGGGGAAGAAGAGUUUUCCAAAAGACUUCAGAAGUUCAUAAGCAUCCAUCGGAACAGCUUUUUGGUUUUGUCAGCUGCUCUUCAUGGACCAGAAGAAUGGAGUGUCAUGUUCAGGAUUCAGAGAAGAUUCCUGGGCAGCAAUUUACGUGUAAUACCAGUUCAUAAUCCUGCUGAAAUUGUUAAAUUAAUGCUAACUAUGGCUAAGAUAACUUCCAAGCCACAAGCAGAUGAUACUCGUUGCAAAAUGGAAAUGACAAAAGCCCAAAUAAUAGAAAAAAGUCCAGUUUGGAAGAUGCUUCAAGAGUACCAAUCGCACUGUAAUUAAUUUAAUAUUUGGUUUUUAUUCAUAAUUAGAGUGGCU